AUGACUACGAAUAGCACCGGAGCAGUUUUUUUCUUGGGUAGUCGAGCACAUUAUCAAGUCUUAGAACAGCCGAAUAAUUAUGAUGCCAAAAAUGGUAACACGUCUACAGAGACGAUAUACCAAAACCAGUCGGUUGAGGAGUUAUGGCCGAAGGAACAAACAAACAAACAGAAAUACGACGCGAAUUACAACCUAGAAUCUCAGUGGACUUGCACUGAUCAAAAUAGUACUGUCUCAUGCGACAAACAAUCAACCGUGAAACGUCGCGUGAAACGGAGGUCAAGUGAAGCGCUUCUCUGUGAAAUGAAACCCGCCGUUUUGAAUCACGUCCGAAGUAAAGAGGAAGAAGCAAAACCGAAUAGAAAUUCUCUAAUUUCUUACUUAACGUCUCUCGCAAGACGCAAAUGUCGUCUCGAAUCUGACCGAAUACAAUAUUUAAAGCAUAUAGAGUCUGUACUAAAUAAUUGCACCUAUCGGGAGUCGUGCCGGUGUUUGGAUUGUCAGGUAAGAAAAUUCGAAUUUACCUUAUUUGAAAAGAAAGAUAUA